AUGACGACAUUUUCGUUAUCUUUAGGUGCGGAAGACCAAGGGAGUGAUUGUCUUUACGUAUCCCAUCUCAGCGGUGAAGACUCGCCUCAAUGUGGCUCUUUUGCUGUGCCCUGCCGGACAUUACCACAAGCGCUACUUCUAGUAAACGAUGGUGGCAAAAUUUGCCUCAACGGAACAAACAGUGAGUCAAAUCCAUACGAAUGUUUGAAAACGGUUGGUCCCAAUGGAACGAAAUUGAGAGCUGUGGGGAAAAGAGUAUCAAUACAGGGUGUGUCCUCCCCAGCACACAUUUCAUGUGGCUUAGCAUUUGCAUCAAGGUUAAAAUAUGGCUCCGUCAAGGUUUCUUUCUCAAACCUUGUAUUCAACAAUAGUAGGUAUGGAUUAGUUUUCCUCAAUGUGCCCUCCUAUGAUGUCGUCAUCUCCGACUGCAAAUUUAUCAAUUGCUAUAAGGCCAUUUCCAUGUUGUGGUAUAGAAGUCGGGUUUCUUCUUUCGUCAUCCGUGAAAAGAGUAGUCUUGUAGCCACUGAUAGUAAAUUCCGGUAUAAUGCAAAAUCUAUUCUUGUCAUGCUCCCUAACGACUUCUUUGAGAUGACCGUAUCAAGAUGUCUUUUCCAGAAUGCGAAGGGACGAUUUCAUGUUACAAAUGAUAGUAGAAGUAUAAAAGGUGCCGUGUUUGUCCGUUCCCAAGCUAGUUCCGUUACGACGUAUCCUAUUCAUGUGUUAGUCUCAAUUACUGACUCUAUUUUCCAAGACCUGGGUCAUAAAGACAACAGCUUCGCUGUAUCCGUAAGAGUUGACAACCUCUUUAGCGAUGGGAAUGUAUCAUUAUUUAACACGUCGUUUCUUUACAACGAAAAUUCUGUCUUUGUCCAUGGCGGGUUUGGCCUUAAUUUGACUCACGUCACGGUCACUUCCACUUAUGGGUAUGCUAUCAUGGCCAGUGCUCCCCCUAAAACAUUGAUUAAAGCGCCAGGUGUAAAGGUCUUCCUUGAAAGGUGUGUCUUGGUGAACAACCGGAUUGGCAUAAGGAUGUCAACGACUUUUUGCUUAACUAAUACGGACGACUUUUGUUCAACGGGUGACCAAACGCUUGUUGUAAAAAACAGUCUUAUACUGGGAGGUAAUGAAACAUUAGGCACUGGUGAUGCAGUCAGAUUUGGAAUGAGUUUCCCCAAAAAAAACAAUAGCCGUGCAGUCUUGAAGCCAAGCAAAGAAGAGGUGUAUUUGUCGCCAGAUUUUGAAGCAAAACUACUUCUUGAAAACGUUACUUUUCAGGGGUUACAUGAUUGUGCUCUUUCAGUUAGUGUAGAAAGGAAUGUUAGUGGACUGAUUUCGGUGAAAAACUGCAGGUUUCUUAACAACACUCAGUUUGUGAAUCGACUAGAUGAACGAGCAAUUGUCCAAAUUGAGUUUACGAAUGUCGAUCCACCCCAAUGUCCGCAUAAAAGAAAAGGAAACAAAAGUGAGGAACUAAUGUGGAACAAGACAUUUGAGUUACCGGUAAUAUUUGAAGAUACUCGAUUCGAAAACAACGCUGGUAUCGCUGGAACUUUGAACUUGUUAAAUGGCAAUGCCACGUUGAACAACUGCACCUUUAAAAACAACGAAGGAGUAGCCAUGGGAGGUCAAGUGUAUCUGAGGACAGGUUUUGGAAUUCUAAACAUCGUUAACAGUAGUUUCCACCAAACAAGUUCGGCGGAACGUUACCGUGGAUCGAGAACUGGUUGCUUUCUUCAAUCUGAGAGCGCUGGUCAGCUGAAAAUUGAACAAUCGUCCUUUACAGCUGAUGACAAUAGGCAAUACGAUCCAAUCUUUGCAGCUACGAAAAGCAGUUCCAUACUGAUCGACGACUCAUCCUCCUUUCGAUGUCCAAGCGGAAGGCAAAUCACUAUCGAGAAAAUCACCGAAGAAGACGGAUUUGAACUUGUGAAGGGGAGUGAAACCUGCUGGAUAAGAGUGCAAUAUGUCAAAUUACUCUGUGAAGAAUGUCCAGAUGGUCUCUACAGCUUAGAGAGAGGAUGGGCCAGUGGCUUCCAUGUUCACGAGGAAACCAAGUGCAUCAAGUGUCCCUUCGGAGCAAAAUGUGAGCGUGGAAACGUUUUAGCUCAAGAAAACUUUUGGGGUUCUAAAGUUAAUAGAACCUCAUCUACUCUGCAAUUCAUUCCAUGUCCAUUGGAGUACUGCAAAACUCCAGCUGAUACAACUACACACGCGUACAAUGGUUGCUAUGGUAGCAGGACAGGUGUGUUAUGUGGCGAAUGUGCUGAGGGAUACAGUGAAGCCUUGUAUUCCACGUCAUGUCAAAAAAAGGAAAAGUGCCAUGAUCAUUGGUUUUGGUUGGUGAGCCUGAUUUACAUACUAGCAUUUGCACUGUACCUUGUUUUUAAGCCUCCUGUCUUCACGUGGCUGUAUCGUCAAGGUGUUUGGUUUAGGAGUACAUCCAAUUCUAACAGCAGACAGGAAGCACCAAACGGAGAUAGCAGAGAUAAACACGAUGCUGGGUACCUGAAGAUCACUUUCUACUUUUAUCAAGUUGCCGAGAUACUGAUGAUCACGUCCACAGAGACCACUGCUCACGUCAUCCCUUUUGUUACACCAAUCGUUGCACUAUUUAAUUUCCAGGUGAGGAAUUUUAAGGGCAGCAUUGGAUGCCCAUUUCCUGGCUUCACUGUUGUCACCAAAGAGCUGUUUUUCUCCUUGAAGUUCCUGGCAACCUUGCUCUCCAUUCCCCUAAUUUACGCCAUCCACCGAGCUAUAAGCAGGUUCCGCCCCAUUCCAAAGCCUUCGCUGAGACUAUACCGGGCUGUUGUUCUGGAGACCCUGUUACUUGGAUACAAAACUCUUGCGGAUACAUCCCUUACUCUUAUGCACUGCGUUCCCGUGGAGCUGGAGUGGCGUUUGUUCAUAGAUGGAAACAUUCAGUGCUGGCAGUGGUGGCAGUACUUGCAAAUUGUCUUCAUCUUGGCAUUCAUCAUCCCCCUUGUUCUCGUCCUUUUCUGGGGAUUGCUGAUGCUUUCUAAAGACAAAGUGUCCGCCAAAGAGUUCCUGACAUCAUGCGCAUUUCCUCUGCCCUUUCUUUUCAUCUGGUUGUUUCGUUGUUGCAAGAGGAAAAGAUAUACAAGCCAGUACGAAUACCUCCCGGGCAGCUCCAAGGAUACCGAUGACAUAAAAAGAGUUCUUUACGACCCAUUCCGUUCAGCUUCUGAUGGUGACCACGGUACUUUGUACUGGGAAAGCGUUCUCGUUGGUCGAAGGUUCCUUCUGCUAACUAUUAGCACCUUUAUCACCGAUCCUUUGACAAGAUUUGUCUGUUUAGGAAUUGCAUGUGUUCUGAUUUUGGCGCAUCAUCUCCUUAUGAGGCCAUUCCGCGACCGAAAGGCCAACAUCUGUGAAAGUCUGUCUCUUGUGAGUCUGACUGCUAUCUGCACGUUCAACUUGGCUAAAGUUACCAUUAUCGCCCAAGGGCUCGAGCCUGCUGGACCGAAGCAAAUCCUUUUCCAUGCUCUGAAGUGGAUCGAGGUUGCCCUGCUUGGCUUCCUCCCAGCCAUGGCCUUCAUCCUUGUGGUUCUUGUGGCUUUAUCUCAAGUCGUUCGCCUGCUGUACCAUUGCAUGAAGCUUUUGCACCGAUCAAACACGAUCAUUGUGUAGCUGAAGAUACUGAUGACGGAUUAAAAGACGCUUCAAUGUCGUAAUGGUACUUUUGCUGUUGUUUUUUCUCUUAUGUCAGCGUUGUCAGUUUGAGGACAUUAAGCUUCAUGUAGAGUUUGACUAAUUUGAUACAUCAUUAUUAAUAAGAGUGUUUAACUAAUAACUUGAGUAGAAGGAUUACAUCGGAACUUUUUACAGUAAAUUUAAAGUGGCUAUUCAAAACACUCCCUUUGACAGUAUCUUGGUAAAGGUUCAUUAAAAGGUUUAGGAGCUUGUACAUAUAUGCUUUUAAAAGUAGAGAACGAGUUUUUCAUUUAAGCUUGGCUGUCAUAUCAGCGGUGUAAAAGUACUAGGAUUUUUUCCAUCUGAGUAGAGACAGUUAGAUGAGUUUACAAGACAGUUUUCCCAAGAUUACGUAAAGAACCACCUCAAAUUCGGUGCAAGAAUACUGAGUGGGGAAAACUUGAUGACAAUUUAUUAUCGGAGAUUGCCAGUCUUUGAGCUUACAUAAUGUAGGUGACGAAGAAUUUCCUACAACUUUACCGAAAACCUAUUUGGACGAGCACUUGUAUAAUACUGACCGGGAUCAGUUUCCUCUUCUGGAAGCAAUUUUAGAGCAGUUUGUUUAUAAAUUUUGUUUUCUCAUACUUGAACUAUUGUUAGUCGAUUAUUUUUUAAGGUUUUAGUUUCUCAAAGGUGUUAGUUUUCGAGAUAUUAAUCAAGGAAUGUGAAUGCCAUGCUCUUGCAUCGCGCAUUGAAGUCUUAGGCCGUUAUUAUUACCUGAUUAUAUAUUUAGAACCUUGUUUUUUUUUUAUUUGUUAAUCAAAUUGUAUGCGCCAUUAUUACGCGCUCGCAUGCAUAGGGAAACCUUAAUCCAGGGGACAGCCCUUACGGGAAUUGUGAAAGACAAGUUUACUAUGUAAGUUACCUAUGUAACAAUUCUAUCGUUAUAUGGUUAUUUCCUUCUACGGCUUAUUCUGGAUUUUUCUGGAUUAUAGUUUGUGACCAAUGAUUUCACAUUUCCUCCGGAUAGAGGUGUCUCAAAUGAGGGGUUCCAUCCUAUUGAAGUCGAUUUCAAGUUAAAAGCACCACUCUGCAACGAAAUAUUUAGUGUCCCUGUCAAUAAAACAUAGAUAAGCUUGGUCCAUUUUGACGCACUUAUUUUUUUGUAGUUUAUCGUGGAAUGGGUUUGAUAGAAAUCCAAAUUUUUGACAUUAUUUUUGCUGUAGG